AUGCUCAAAAAAUAUCUCUCGUCUUGUUCAUCUAGUGAGCAGAUUCAGUCGAAGCCGACAUUAACUAAAAUAAAUCUAACUCAAAGAACGAUCGAUUAUGGUACUCCUAAAACUUAACUAAAUCUAGGAUCAAUUGAAAAUAGUCCUUCAAAUAUGUAAUACCCCACUUCAGAGCCGAACGUUUCAAGUAAACCUUCCGAACAAUAUUUACUCAAAAAAGAUAAUUCUCCUGCUAUCAGUGGUUCCCCAAAAUAAGACUUUGAUCUACUUAUUACACAGAGAGAUUAAACCCUUAAAUUUAGGUCGGCUUCUCAAAACUAAAAAAAGCUUUAAUUGAAGCGUUAAAGUAGUGAAAAAUAAUGUUCAUCCAACGAAAAGAUCAGAGUCUUUGAUGUGUUCAAUUAAAGUCCAAGGUUAAAUAAAUAACCCCCCACUUCUAACACCUACAUUACCACGAAGGAAAACCUUAAGGUUCAACUUCAAUAGCAGAAACAUAAUCUACAAAAUCAGUCAAAAAUAGCAACAAAUAAUGUAAAUUAUCAACCACAGAAUAACGCAUAACAAAGACAAUCCUGUAAACCUCCAAUAUCCAGUAGACUCAAUGAGUCAAAGGAGAUCCUCUAAUAAAUGAGGAAGAAUUCAUUAAAUAAUAAAAAGCACUCUCACUUUAAAGGUGAAGGAGGUACUCAAAAAAACCAACUCUUCUUUCAUUCUCCAAAAUAUAAUGAAUCUGCUGCUUUCAGUUCUUCAGGGAAAAGUUAGCUCUAAGACGCAUAAACUAAUCUCAAAUAUGACAAGGAUAAUACGAAAAACGAAAAUAUUCUUGAAUUAUUGCUACUUUCAACUUAAGAACUUAACAACAAGUUCAAAAAUAAACCAUUAGAAAGGAAUGAAUCAGAAGAGAAAAUACCGAUGAAAAUCAGAGUCAGAGCAGGAAGUAGAUUCCCAAAAGACUUCUUUGAAUGAAUCAUAACUAUGUAAAUUAUCAAUCACAAUUCAGCCUUU